AUGCCGUCGCCGCGUCGCAUGCGACUGCUAUGUGUAGCCGUCCUAGCCGGAAUAGUCAUGACCAUGCUGUGGACCACGCACCGGCAGCAAUCGCCUCUAUCCGCCGAGACCGAAGCGCACGGCCUCCGCCACCUGACAAAAGAUAGGCAUGAUCAAACGGUCCUGAACCCGGCGGACAUAGUGGUAGAUAAAACCACUAAAGGCGGUGCUGAUGGAGCCAAGAAGGAGGUUGCCGAUCGGCUGAUGAAAGCCGAACAGGAGGCAAAGGAAAUUGCCCAAGCGAAGGCGCCUUUGAAGCCAGAUGCCCCAAGUAUGGUGGUGGGCGUGGGGAGUUCGGCGGACGGUCAGGACGCGACGCUGAAGCAGCACGAAUCCGAAGAUGGAACUAAAAGUGCAGCGGCUGGCGCCUCGGUUGAGACGGAAGAGGAGCAUGAGGCAGAGCAGGAAUUACGGUCGAUUCUAAAGAAGGCGCCAGUAAUUAUCUUCUCUAAGACCUACUGCGGAUUCUCUAGACGAGCCAAGGCACUUUUAUUAGAGAGAUACGUCAUUGAUCCUCCGCCCUUUGUCGUCGAGCUUGAUAUAGACCCUCUCGGUCCCAAGCUUCAGACCUUAUUGAAAGAGACGACUGGUCGAGGCACAGUUCCUAAUAUCAUGGUUAACGGGGUGAGCAUUGGCGGCAGUGAUGACAUUGCCGAACUUGAUCGGAACGGAAAGUUGGUUGCGAAGGUCCAAGACCUGGGCGAGGCGCGCCAGGUGUCGAUGAAACUACGGUUUUAA